AUGACGGAGACGCGAUACGAGGGAGAGAUGGACAGAGUUGACGAAGGUCCGUCAGCGAAGAAGAGGAAGAGAGGUCGACAAGCGAAGAGCUGUGUCGCGUGCCAUCGUCGGAAGCAAAAGGUGCGUAUGACAAACUCGCCCGAACCCAGAGACGCACAAGUCGGUAAUCUCUUCCGCAGUCGAGAUGCCCCAUCCUUUUUCGGCUCAUCCUAUUUCGGACCUCAAGCUGCCGCAAAAAUAAUCGAAGAGCCCGCACCAGAUCUUUCGUCCGGUAUACGGCAUGCUGCUGCCUCAGCGCAAUCUUUCCGCGAUGUUGGAGGCCCUUUCUCGCAGAUCUGGGAUCUGCUGGGUUUGCUGCCACGCAACAAGGCCAGCGUCGAUCGCCUCGUACAUGUUUUCCUUGACGAGCUGAAUUGGACCAUAGACGCCAUCCAUCCCCAAUCCUUCAAACUCAAGUAUGACGAGUUCUGGGAGCGUAAAUUCGGCUUCGACGACUAUGCAUCUAUCGAUCUGAGGUGGCUGGCAUUGUUAUUCAUUGUCCUUGCGUAUGGUGUUUUCCUCGACUGCCCCCAUCCAAAGAAUGGCGAAGUGCAACGUGAGCUUCAAGAGACAUCACUACGCUUCUACUGGGCAGCAAGACGCGCUAUAGUCAUUGCACCAACAUUCUACGGAGAGUCGACAGAUCUUGUUCGUGCCGGUCUUCUGGUCACACGUUAUCUGAUCCAUUUGCGAAGAGUACCGGAGGCUUGGCUUACGACCAGUUUUGCCAUGCGUAUGGCCCAAGCACAAGGCAUGCAUAUCGAUGGUGAACGUUGGCGUCUCUCGCGUAAAGAGACCGAAACCCGAAGGCGUUUGUGGAGCCAUCUUUACACCUUGGAUAAAACUAUCGCGCUUGCCAUCGGUCGUCCCUUCGCCAUAGUUGACCAGCAAUGUCUCGUCAAGAGAGCCACCAACGUCUGGUUGGACGACCAACCGGACGAGGACACGUCCGCCAUUCCAGAACUACCAAUGUCUGAGCCGACUCUGAGCGUUUACAACUUUCUCGCACACGAUCUGGCAAAGAUUAUCGGCAGCAUUCAAGAGCGUUGCUUUGGUCUCUUUACCGUUUCGUACGACACCGUCAUUUCGCUAGACCAUGAGAUUAUCGACUGGGAGGCAAGGUUACCAGACUACUAUCAUCUGAAAACCCCAGUUACAUCUAUGGAUAGCACGCACCCCUUCCUUUACUGGAAUCGCUUGCAUCUCCACUCCAUGUACCACUUCGCCCGCGUUACGCUUCAUCGACCGUACUUGCUGCGCCAAAGUAUCACCAAUCGCUUCAGAUAUAGUCACGAUGCGUGCAUAUCGUCGGCAUGCGCAGACCUUGCCAUGCGCAUCGAUUACUUCCAACAGCCAUUGAAUGACCGUCUGAAGUGGACUUUGGGUCCACACCACCUCUUCAACAGUGCUUUAGUCCUCGGAAUAAUCGCUGUCAAAGAUCCACACUCGCCUAAAUGUCGCGCGAUACUAGAGGACCUCUCCGCAUAUUGUGAGAUGCAAAGAGCUGAUAUCUGGCUCAAUGAGUUCGCGCUAGCUGAGGUCAAAAUCAUUGAACUCUGCAUCAAGAAAGCAAAUCAGUUUCGUGCUAGUCGUACCGACCUCUUUCGCAUCCCUUCCAUAUUUAAUAGGCGGAUUCAGUUAUCGUGUAUCUCGUGUGUGUUGCGGGAGUCGUAA